UUUUGAUCAAAUCAAACAUAUGUUCUCUAAGCAUAUGAUUUGAGUACCAAUAAUAUCUGAUGAUUGUGUCGCUGUAGAAAUUGUUAAUAUUUAUUGAGAAAUGAGGAUAAUAUUCUCUUUAUGCAUAUAUGUUUUUUUAGUAGAUUUCUAUCAAUUCUUCUGAAUAGUUUAUUGUUUCAAACUUUUGAAAGAUACAAAAUUAUCCGACAGAUAAGACUGGAAGGUGUGGCAGCUAAAACAAAGGCUUGUAAGCUGGUGGGCACUAAAAAUGUUGCAUAAUUGAUUCAUCGGAUUCUCAGACUGGAAGGUGUGGCAGCUAAAACAAAGGCUUGUAAAGCUGGUGGGCACUAAAAAUGUUGCAUGAUUGAUUCAUCGGAUUCUCCACAUCUUGAUAUUGAUUUCACAUUGCAUAUGAUAAAGUGCAAGCUUUCUUGUAAUAGCUAUAUAUCAUGUUACUAGCUUCCAUAUAAAUAGUGUGCAUCUUCCGAGUACCCUUAAUUUUCCAAGCAUAGGCUUGGAGUCUAGUGAUAUUGGACACCGAGUAUAUAACUUCAGUUUCGUGAUUCAUGAUACUUCUGGCGACCCAGUAUGAUCCAAUAUCCAAAUUUAACGGUAUAUUGACCACUUUUAUAAAGCUCCUACAAAAAGUAUCUUGAUGAUUGGUUCGGGUCGAGCUUCAAAUCAGCGGUAAAUUUUCUACAACAAAAAACUUUUCAAGAAUUUCUACAUACCAUUCUUUUGGAUCACUUCUACUAAAAUUACUAACUAUCAUUCUCGGGUAAACUACGGGGGCACUAGGACAGACCGACCUUGGUGUAGCCAGGAUCCAAGGAUUCUCCAAUCUCAUAGCCUGAGUGAAUCUUUUGUGUACCCCAACAAUAGUAAUUGUUUUGCAGUUGAAAGACUUGUCUACACAUAAUGAGUAUUUCUAGUAUGAUUUACAAAAGUGAACUAAGCCUAUGAUAUUUGCCGCGUAAAACCUAAGCUAGAAAAUAGUUCGGAAUUUGUACUAUUCACCACAACAGUUUUUCUUCAAAGCUAGGUUAAAUUCAUGGAUCAUGCAAAAUAUAUUACCAUCCUCAUUUCUCGGUAAGCAAAAAGCAAAGUAUCAUCCGUUUUAUACAGUAAAGACUAUUUUGGGAGAGUCGAACUCCACCAUUUUGGUACUCGCAAAUCUCUCACAAAAUUCUAAAGAGAACAAGAAACUAGACAUAAUAUAAAUCAUAAGCGCUAGCACAAUUAAUUUGAUGAGAAUCUCUCUCUUUUCUCGGUAGCCAUUAUGCCGACCACUCAUUCACUCUGUUUUACAAUUUGUUUUUUAAAACAAAUGAGCAUAAACGAAGGUCGGCAAUCUUUUAAAAAAUACUAACUUUAAUCAACAUCAUGUGCGAUUAUCCUAGUUGUGUCUAAUGUUUUGCGUAAUUAUCAAUUCGUUGAUCUCCAAUCAUCUUUAUGAGAAAGUAUAUACUAUAUGUGUAUCACUUUAUUGUACUUGAAGUUUAUUUAUUAGCGACGUCAAAAAGGUUUAUGUAUAAUCUAAUAUGAUUCAAAUAAAAAAACCGUACCGUCACAACCUUUUUAAUUUUAAAUUAUUCUAGAACUUAAUGAAGUAUUAAAUUAACAACAAUCAAUCUUACCUACAGAAUAAACCUUAUUUUCCCCCACCAAUCACAAAAGCACUCCAUCGUCGUUUUAUCAUACCAAAAAAAAAAAAACAGAAAGUCUUCUCAAACUCCAAAAUUUGAAGAACAGCAAAUCUAAAUCCAACCAAUAGGAACUGAAAGACAAGAUCAUCCAGAGAAAAAUGUUGGCAUUCGUGAAACGCUUUUCCUUGAAGCGAACAAAGCAUCCUCGCGGAUAUGAGGACCCUCAGGUUCUUGCAUCUGAAACUCCAUUUACGGUGAAUGAGAUAGAAGCUUUACACAAUUUAUUCAAGAAGCUAAGUACAUCCAUUAUCAACGAUGGUCUUAUCCACAAGGAAGAGUUUCUUCUGGCUUUGUUCAGAAACAGCAAUAUGCAAAAUCUAUUUGCCGACAGAGUGUUUUAUAUGUUUGAUAGGAAACGAAACGGUGUGAUUGAGUUUGGUGAAUUCGUUCGUUCACUAAGCAUCUUCCAUCCACACACUCCGGAACAUGAAAAGUCCUCAUUUAUGUUCAAGCUUUAUGACCUUGAUGGAACCGGCUUCAUCCAGCGCCAUGAGUUGAAGAAAAUGGUGGGCGCACUACUUAGCGAAACAGACUUAGGACUAUCGGAAGAAUCUAUUGAAGCCAUCGUCGAACAGACAAUGGUUGAGGUUGAUACGAACAAAGAUGGCAAAAUUGAUGAAGAAGAAUGGAAAGAGCUCGUCGCAAAGAAUCCUUCAAUCCUUAAAAACAUGACUUUACCCUACCUCAAGGAAGUGACUUUAGCAUUCCCAAGUUUCGUUCUUGACUCCGAAGUAGACGACUAAAAAUAGAAAGAAACCUCAUGAACAACGAACGUGCCAGCGUUUCUCCCGAUUUUAUUAUAUCAGAGGGCUUUUUUAAUCUUUCCUUUGUAUUAAUUAUAUAUGAACCGGUCCGGUAAUACUUGAUACAAGGCUCAAAAUGAUUUGCGUUAUUGUUCCUUUACUUUUCAU